AUGACUCAUAAAGAUAAUGAUAUUCUUCGACGAUUAGAAAAAUGUGAAAUAAAAAAUUUUCAACUAUGUUAUAUUGAUCAUGUUAUUGAAAUUUAUGGAGAAUCAGGUAGUGGAUUUCAUCAUUUAUUUACAGACAUGCCAUCUUUACUUCGAGUUCAUAUUGAUUCUCAAUUAAACGAUGAACUUGUUCGAAACCUCAAUGAAAAUAUUAUUAACAUUGACUAUAACAAUAAUGUUGAUAAAAUCCAAACAACAAUCCAAACAAUUACAACAUUUCUUAAUGAAAUAAAAGACAUUGAAGAUGCAUUUCUACAAUAA